AUGUCUGUACAAUCAUCAAAUCCGCCUAAACGGAAAGAGAUUUAUAAAUAUGAAGCGCCAUGGAUGGUGUAUGGAAUGAAUUGGUCUAUAAGACCAGACAAACGUUUUCGUUUAGCUCUUGGCUCAUUUGUUGAAGAAUAUAAUAACAAGGUUCAAAUCGUUUCAUUAGAUGAAGAAACAUCUGAAUUUAUACCACGUUCAAUAUUUGAACAUCCGUACCCAACAACAAAACUUAUGUGGAUUCCAGAUACGAAAGGAGUUUUUCCAGACUUAUUAGCGACAAGUGGUGAUUAUUUGAGAGUAUGGCGUACAAGUGACAAUGAAACCAGACUGGAAUGUUUAUUGAACAAUAACAAGAACUCUGAUUUUUGUGCACCAUUAACAUCAUUCGAUUGGAACGAAGUUGAUCCUAAUCUCAUUGGAACGUCAAGUAUUGAUACGACGUGUACAAUAUGGGGACUAGAGACUGGACAAGUUAUCGGUCGUGUUAAUCCUGUAAGUGGCCAUGUUCGCACACAAUUGAUAGCACAUGACAAAGAAGUGUAUGAUAUAGCAUUUAGUCGUGGCGGAGGUGGCCGAGAUAUGUUUGCAUCGGUCGGUGCUGAUGGUUCUGUUCGCAUGUUUGAUUUAAGACAUCUUGAACAUUCUACAAUAAUUUAUGAGGAUCCUGCUCAUCAUUCACUAUUAAGACUAGCAUGGAAUAAACAAGAUCCAAAUUAUUUAGCAACAUUUGCUAUUGAUUCAAUGGAAGUGAUUAUACUAGAUGUAAGAAUUCCGUGUACACCCGUUGCACGUUUGAAUAAUCAUCGUUCAUGUGUCAAUGGCAUUGCCUGGGCACCACAUAGUGCGUGUCAUAUUUGUACGGCGGGAGAUGAUCGUCAAGCAUUAAUAUGGGAUAUUCAACAAAUGCCACGUCAAAUAGAAGAUCCGAUAUUAGCCUAUUCAGCCGAAGGUGAAAUUAAUCAAGUUCAAUGGAGUUCAACUCAACCAGAUUGGAUUGCCAUUUGUUUUAACAAUUAUCUUGAAAUACUUCGAGGAAAAGGUCUCGGUAAAGGUGGUGCAAAACGUCAUCGAAAAGUAUUACGUGAUAAUAUUCAAGGUAUUACAAAACCGGCUAUUCGUCGAUUAGCGCGUCGUGGUGGUGUUAAACGUAUAUCGGGUUUGAUAUAUGAAGAAGUUCGAGGUGUAUUAAAAAUAUUUUUGGAAAAUGUUAUACGUGAUGCUGUUACAUACACUGAACAUGCCAAACGAAAAACAGUCACAGCAAUGGACGUCGUUUAUGCAUUAAAACGUCAAGGACGAACAUUAUACGGUUUUGGUGGUUAA